CCUUAUGUAACUUAUGCAGAAAGAACGACAUGGCGGCUUUGUUGCGUUGUAGAAACACGUGCGUAACAAAACACAUUAAUUCGGUAUCUUCACUUCUAAAUCUUGGGAAGGAAGGAUGCUGGACAUCAUCUCAGAUUAAUGAUAGACUCUUACAGAGGGUUAACAGAUGUUUGAAGUGUGUAAAGUCUCAUUCACUUUCGUCUGUGCAUGGGAGGCUCUUUCAUCAUCCGUCGGCUGCUACUUCAAAAACCGAACGAUGCCAUCUCUUAUCCAAACAAUACGCUACAAACGCGAAAAACUGUCGACGUUCUCAGAAAACAACAGAAUCAGGAAAACCUUUACGUUUAUAUUUCACCCAGUAUUCUAAAAAUAGAUUGUUCCCGUCUUCAUCUCGGAUUGACAUCGUUUCUUCGUCUUCUUCGACUGUAAACAAUCAACAACCGUUCAUCCAAACACGGUAUUUUAGCACACGCACUGGUGGAAGUGGGGAGCAGGGUUCAGGUGAAGGAGGUGGAAGUGAAGACGGAGCGUCGUCUGCACCUCCUGAGAACAAAGAAGACGGGGCUGGGGAAGGUCAAAGUGUCCCCGCACAAACUUUUAUCCCCCUCAUGGGAGCACUGACAGCAAUGACGGUGCCAGAAUUUUUCCCCCGCGUUCCUGUCAUCGCAAUAAAUCGUAAUCCCGUCUUUCCAAGAUUCAUCAAAAUGCUCGAGAUCAGCGAUCCCAACCUGAUGAAUCUCUUGAGAAGGAAAGUGCAGCUGAGUCAGCCAUAUGCUGGAGUUUUUCUUAAAAAGGAUGAGAUGAAUGAAAAGGAGGUGGUAGACAGCUUGGAUGACAUCUACAGAGUGGGCACAUUUGUGCAAAUUACAGAAAUGCAGGAUUUAGGGGACAGGCUUCGUAUGCUUGUUAUGGCACAUCGCAGGAUCAGGAUAACUGAUUUGGUAUUGGUCGAUGAACCAGAGGCAGAUGCUGCCAGUGCUAUCAGUAGCCCAGAAGAUGGGGACACGAAACAAAAAAGGAGGGGCAGACGAAAAAAUGGACGGAAGGCCUCAGACAUGCUAGAAGAGAAAUCUUCUGAAGAGAAACCUGAAGCACCAUCUGAGGAAGGAGGGAGACAAGUUUUCACGCAAGUGUUGAUGGUGAACACUGAAAAUGUGACUAAUGAACCAUUUGAAAGCACCAAUGAAGUAAAGGCCCUGACAUCAGAAGUUGUUAAAACCAUCAGAGACAUCAUUGCUAUGAAUCCACUGUACAGAGAGAACCUUGCACAGAUCAUCCAGGCAGGACAGAGAGUGAUUGACAACCCUGUAUACAUUAGCGACCUAGGCGCAGCAUUGACAGCUGGAGAGCAGUAUGAACUACAGCAGGUGCUAGAGGAGACAAAUAUUCCAAAGCGAUUAAUGCUUGCUCUGUCCUUGCUGAAGAAGGAAUAUGAACUCAGCAAACUGCAACAACGCAUUGGGAAAGAGGUGGAAGACAAGGUAAAAAAGCAGCACCGCGAAUACAUCCUGCGAGAACAGCUCAAGAUUAUAAAGAAAGAGCUGGGACUGGAAAAGGAUGAUAAGGAUGCAAUUGAAGAAAAGUUCCGUUCCAGACUAAAGGACCUCACUGUGCCCAAGCAUGUCAUGGACGUUAUUGAUGAAGAGCUGAACAAAUUGUCUUACUUGGAAAGCCACUCUUCUGAGUUCAAUGUUACACGGAACUAUCUUGACUGGCUGACAACAUUACCAUGGGGACGCAAUAGUGAGGAGACACUGGACUUGGCUAGAGCACGUCAAGUGCUGGAUGAAGAUCAUUAUGGCUUGGAGGAUGUGAAAAAACGCAUCCUGGAAUUCAUUGCAGUGAGUAAACUAAAGGGACACACUCAGGGGAAAAUCCUGUGUUUUUAUGGACCUCCAGGUGUUGGAAAGACCAGCAUUGCCAAGUCUAUUGCCCGUGCCCUCAACAGAGAGUAUUUCCGAUUCAGUGUUGGUGGCAUGACCGACGUUGCAGAAAUAAAGGGACACAGGCGCACCUAUGUUGGUGCUAUGCCAGGGAAGCUGAUACAGUGUCUCAAGAAGACUAAGACAGAGAAUCCUCUUGUACUCAUUGAUGAGGUGGACAAGCUAGGCCGUGGCUACCAAGGUGAUCCUGCCUCUGCACUUUUGGAGCUACUUGACCCAGAACAGAAUGCUAACUUCCUUGACCAUUAUCUUGAUGUUACAGUUGACCUCUCAAAGGUUCUUUUCAUUUGUACAGCCAAUGUGGUGGACACUAUACCAGAACCAUUGCGAGAUCGUAUGGAAAUGAUCGAUAUAUCUGGCUAUGUGGCUGAGGAAAAAUUAAACAUUGCAAAGAUGUACCUGGUGCCUCAAGCACUUACACACACUGGGGUGUCAAAAGACCAUGUCUCUGUCACUGACGACGCUUUGCACUCGCUUAUUAGGUCAUACUGCAGAGAAAGUGGUGUUCGAAACCUGCAGAAGCACAUAGAGAAGAUCUACCGCAAAGCAGCACUUAAGAUUGUUAGUGAGUCUAUAACUGACAUUAGAGUGGACACCCUCAACCUGCAGGAGUUUGUGGGUAAACCAUUAUUCUCACAUGACCGCAUGUAUGAUUUUACACCACCUGGUGUCAUUGCUGGCCUGGCUUGGACCUCAAUGGCUUCCAACUCUGUUUACAGGUGGAUCACACUGUACAUAGAGACUGCCUUAAAAAAGCCCUUCGAAAGAAGUGACAAAAAUGAACCUGGCUCCAUAGAAAUCACAGGUAACCUUGGUAAUGUUAUGAAGGAGAGUGCUCAUCUGGCAUACAGCUUUGCCAGGGCUUAUAUGGCACGACAUCAUCCUGACAACCAGAUCCUUCAGCAUGCUCAAAUUCAUCUGCAUAUUCCUGAGGGUGCCACACCGAAAGAUGGCCCCAGUGCAGGCUGUACUAUUGCCACUGCACUUAUGUCCUUGGCCUUGGAUCGCCCAGCUCGUCAAAACCUUGCCAUGACAGGAGAGGUGUCCCUCACUGGAAAAGUACUUCCUGUUGGAGGCAUCAAGGAGAAAACGAUUGCUGCCAAGCGAGCAGGUAUUAAUUUCAUUAUCAUGCCUGAGGAGAACCGAAAAGAUUUUGCUGAUUUGCCCAGCUUCAUCACAGAGGGUUUGUCCGUGCAUUUUGUGGACAACUAUGAGGAUGUCUUCUCCUUGUCCUUAAAUGACAAAUGAAUGCUUCAUAGAGGGGGCAGGAGUCUGCAAUAAACAUGAAGAUCUGGUAUCUACAGAUUUGUUAUUCUAAGUAUCAUUCAUAUUUAUAAGCCAGAUAGCUAACUGUAAUUACAAUGGUGGGCUAUGCUCCAUCACAAUUCAAUAUUCCCAUUCUUAAUUCCUGAUUACUCUCUACACAUGACCUUAGUAUGGUCAUCCAUGUUCUGUGCUUCUUUGCCUUGUACAUACUGCUUCUCACAAAAAUAAUUUUGUCUCCCAUGCUCAUCUUUAUCCUGCACAAACAAAAGGUUGUGUCAGUGAUUUUAUUGGUCAUUACUGGUGGCAGUUGUCUGCUUGGGAUUUCCUGAAAGGAAUUUGAGAAGCCCAUAUAGGAAUGCAGAGUCAACUGCAAUAUCAACUUAUUAAAAGCCACUACCAUAAAUGCUUACACCCACAUUUUGUUUUCACUCCUAAUCUCUGCCAAUUUUUAAAUCAUAGAAAGGACAAAGGAUCAUCCAUAAACAACUAUUUUUUUAAAAACGCAGAGUAGUGCAUUGCUAGUUUGUUACAGUUUUUAAAACACAUUCUCAUCUAACAAUGAAGUCUGAGAAGAAAUGUUAUAAUUUUUGAACCUCAGUAUAAUUUUGUUUUAAUGAUGUAUUUAGAAUUAGCCCGGUCUGGCAUGAAAGUAUCAUUUAUUGACAUAAACAUGUUCAGUCAACAUUCAGAACAUUUUACAGACAAGAUAUGACGAUUUCUUAGGGCUAGUCUUGAAGUACAUACAGGUUAUGUUGUUUUUUUUUUUUUUUUUUUAUAUAUAUUAGAUUUCAACAACUGUAAGCAGCUACAGAAAUGAGUUUGUUGCUGGUGAUGUUCAAAAUAUUCUGCAUUUAACAGGACCAUGACUGCAAUCAAAACAUGAGCCAACAUAAAUAUUUAUAUUAUAGCAAAUUGCUGCUCGUUGCUGUUUUAUAUAUCUGGCUGCUAGCAGGGUUGUUCAGUGCAAGCAUUCACUAGAAUCAGCACAACAUAUAACAACUGUGUGAUUAAGGAUGGAUACUUGUAAAAUGUGUGCAAAGUGAGAAAAUAAAGAGAAAGAAGUUGAUUGCUGAUA